CACAUGAAAUGUAAUAGCAGGAGGAAGUCACGCAUUCAGCAAAGCAGAUCAGAUCACAGCAGACGUUUAUACUGCUAUGACAUCAACAAGUUGAAGGCAGCAGAGAACCAGCAAAUUCAGAAGAUUUAAGAAUGCUGAUGAACCACACAAACCAAACAGAGGAAGACCUCUUCUCCUGCUACAGUCCAUCGGUCGUAGGUUACCGAUACUUUGCUGUGCUGUGGGGAUGUGCUGUGACCAUCAUCGGUACGUUAGGGAACCUGAUGACCAUUCUAAUCUUCACCUUAGACCCACGUCUGAGGACUCGCUUUAAUGCACUCAUCAUCAACCUGGCUGUAGCUGACCUCCUAUACUGCACCAUACUGCAGCCUAUCUUAGUUGACUCGUAUUUACACCUCAGGUGGCGCAGUGGUCAGCUCUGGUGCAGCAUCGUUGGACUGCUCCUUUUCCUCUCCAACUCUGUGUCCAUCAUCACCCUUUGCUUGGUAGCAUUGAGCAGAUAUCUCCUGGUUGCAAAAAGGGCCAUGUUUGACCGUAUCUUCUCCAACCAUGGUCUUAUUUUACUCCUGAUGUCAGUGUGGGCACUAGGUCUUGCCAGCGUUGGCCCACUCUGGCAUGUUUACGUGUUUGUGCCACAAGUGUGCACAUGCAGCUUCCAUCGGACCAGGGGUCGACCCUACACCACCAUCCUGCUUUUUGUCUACUUCUUUGUUGGUUUGGGCUGUGUUGGCGCAUUCUACCUCCUCAUUUACAGACAUGUCAUGAUUGCAUCGCAAGCUCUGGUCCACUACAGAUUCAGCCGAAGGUCAUCUAGAAGGAAUGCAGCGCCUUCAUCACAGGGGACUGAUGACAGUGGUGUAGAGACUGGUAUUGUCAACACAUGUAGCUGUGAACUGAGCAGCAAGCUGGAAAAAAACCCAAACCAGGAAGAGAUCACCUGUAAUAAGUGCUCCCAAUCUACACAGGCCUCAACUACUGCUUCAAAUCCACCCAUUGAUACCGUCUUGAUACCAGCUUCACCGACACCUGCUCCCCAAAUCGCAGCACCUUCGUACUCCACAGCCUCAAGUGGAGGAGAUAAGGACAUGAAGCGUGUAACUUCCAUGUGUUUAAUUGUUUUCCUGUGUUUUGUAUUCUGCUUUGUUCCAUUCCUGUUGAUCAACAUAGCCGACAAACACAACCGUGCUCCACAGUUACUUUACAUGUUCUGUACAAACCUAACCUGGCUCAACAGCUGUAUCAACCCAAUACUUUAUGCUGUCAUGAACAGACAGUUUCGCCAAGCCUAUUACAUACUGCUCACCAGGGCUGUUGCACAAUUUACCUGCCAGAGAUCCUGAUUUACUCCAACUUGCCAAGUGCUAAUUGUAAAACAUAAACCCAGACACCAGCGAUUUUAGGAUCCUCCUGCUAAACCACUAACUUCAAGAACAAUAAAUAUUUUCCUACAUGUAAAAAUGUUAUUCAUAACAUGAAGUCACACAUAUUUUACACUACAUAAUAGUUUUAAGGAGAUGAAAGUAGAAAUGAGCUGUUUUUGCAAAAGCUUUAAAUUGGUACAGGUAGUAUUAUUGUUAUUAUGAAAUUAUUAUUUGUACAUUAUUUUGUAAGCAGUUCAGCAUAACUCUUCUCAUUGUUGAGCCAUAUUUUAAUGCCAAUACCAUUAUACUAUUAUAUCAAUGUUUUGAAUGCAGGGCUUUUAAAUGUAACAUGCAUCUCAACCUUAUUUAUAAUAACUACUUUUACUAAAGUAAAUUAUCUUGACAUUUUUAGGAUGGAAGUAAGGGUCCUAAAAUAAGCUAAAUCUUAAUAUUUUCUCACUGAAAAUAACCUACCGUUUGCAUCUCUGGGUUUUUCUGCUAUUCGUGAGUAAGAAAAUCAAAUAUUUUCUUACGCAUCCUGACAGGAAUUAUCAUUUAGAAUUU